GGAAGCGAACUGAGCAAUUAUCUAGUUUACCUUCUCCUCUUGGAAGUUAACGAUUGGCGGGAUCGUGGCGGCGGCUAUUGACCCAACACUUUCCAUUGAGAGAAAGCGAGCGAGAGGAGGGAGAAGAGAGGUGCCUCUGCCUCCCCCGCCCGAGGCGAUGGGGCGGCCCGAUUCCGCGGGGAGAGGCCAAGAGACGGCAAUGGCGGCCUCUUCGGUCCGGCUGAAGGGAGCCUCGGAGGCGGCCAGGGGGGCUUCCUCCUCCUGAAGGCGGACAGGCAGCCAUGGAGAGCAGCAGCAGCAGCAGCCGGACGCUUCCGACGGGAAAGAGCCUUCUAGGCGCCGCAUCCUCCUCCUCUUCUUCGUCCUCCACUUCGAAAGCGCUGGCUUUCUCCAUCGAGCGGAUCAUGGCCCGCACGGCUCCGGAGCCCAAAGCGCGCCCGCUCUUGCCUCCUUUCGUGCCCAAAGCGGGCGAGAAGGCGCCUCCGUCGGGGCUCAGCUUGGGCGCCUCCCUCCCUUGCAUGAUCCCCUUCGUGCCCUUGGCUUACAAGCCCCACGGAGAGCCGCCCCCGUCCUCCAAAACCGAGCUGCCUCCGCACUUCAAGCUGGUCCGCCCGCGCGUCGUCACCCACUCCUCUUUCCACGCCUUGGGCGCCUUGGGAUACUUCGGACGGGCCGCCGAGAUUCCCCCUCCUCCUCCUCCGCCGCCGCCGCCGCCUCCUCCUCCUCCUCCGCCUCCUCCGUCGGGCCUCAGCCUCCACCCGGUGGCAUCCUACUUCCUGGGCUCGUCCUUACAGAGCCACAAGGCUUCCCUGGCCGAGAGGAACAAGCUCCAAGCGCUGCAGAGCCCGCCGCCGGGCCCCGCCGCGCCGCCGGGCUUCAAGGAGUUGGCGCAUGCUCACUUCCACAGCGCCGCCGCCGCCGCUGCCGCCGCCGCGCACCUCUUGGCCGCCGAGAAGUUGCCCUUCAAGGGCGCCGCCGUGGCCGCCGUGGCCGCCGAGUUCAGCCGCGCCUCGCCCGGAGCCAAGCCCAAGGCCUUCACCUGCGAGGUCUGCGGCAAGGUCUUCAACGCGCAUUACAACCUGACGCGCCAUAUGCCCGUCCACACGGGCGCCCGGCCCUUCGUCUGCAAGGUCUGCGGGAAGGGCUUCCGCCAGGCCAGCACUCUCUGCCGGCACAAGAUCAUCCACACCCAGGAGAAGCCCCACAAGUGCAGCCAGUGCGGGAAAGCCUUCAACCGGAGCUCCACCUUGAACACCCACACGAGGAUCCACGCCGGAUACAAGCCUUUCGUCUGCGAGUUUUGCGGGAAGGGCUUCCACCAAAAAGGGAACUACAAGAACCACAAGCUGACCCACAGUGGGGAGAAGCAAUUCAAGUGCAAUAUCUGCAACAAGGCCUUCCACCAAGUGUAUAACCUGACCUUCCACAUGCAUACCCAUAACGACAAGAAGCCCUUCACCUGCCCCACCUGUGGCAAAGGCUUCUGCAGGAACUUUGACCUCAAGAAGCAUGUCCGCAAACUCCAUGACAGCAAUGGCGGCACCCCCUCCUUGGCCCUGCCUAGACCCCCCACUGCUGAGUCAGAGCUGCCUCCACUUCCCCAUCAGUGAAACCCCCCUGGCUCCCCUUUGCGCUUUGUCUGCAUGCACUUGUGAGCACCCCCUGUCUUCUCUGCCCCCCUCCAAGAGACAACUGGCCUGCUGCCCUUUGACAUUGUUGGAGGCCACUGAACUGCUUUUAUGGGGGGAGCAAGACUUUCCCUCUCCUUCAAGUUGGCUUUGAGAACAGGGACCUGCUGGAACUGAA